UCAGAGAGCUACACACAAAAUAAAAAAGAAGCUAACGUUCAUCGAUCGAGAGUUCGAGACUAUGAAGACUACGAAGCCACAUGCCGCCAUGUUCGCUAGCCCAGGAAUGGGCCAUGUCAUCCCGGUGAUCGAGCUCGGAAAACGCUUAGCUGGAUCUCACGGCUUCCACGUCACGAUCUUUGUCCUUGAAGACGACGAAGCCUCCGUUCAAUCUCAAUUCCUAAACUCACCAGGCUGUGAUGCGACGUCUGUUGAUGUCAUCAACCUCCCAACUCCGGAUAUCUCCGGUUUAGUCGACCCAUCAUCCUUUUUUGCGAUCAAGCUCUUGGUCAUGAUGCGUGAGACCAUUCCUACCCUUCGAUCAAAGAUCGCUGAGAUGCAGUACAAACCAACGGCUCUGAUCGUAGAUAUGUUUGGCCUGGACGCGUUACCGCUCGGUGGUGAGCUCAACAUGUUGACUUAUAUCUUUGUCCCUUCAAACGCGCGUUUUCUUGCGGUGAUUUUGUAUUUCCCAACGUUGGACAAAGACAUGGAAGAAGACCACAUAAUCAAGAAGCAACCUAUGGUUAUGCCUGGAUGUGAACCAGUUCGGUUUGAGGAUACACUUGAAACAUUCCUUGACACGAGCGACCAGCUGUACCGGGAAUUUGUUCCAUUUGGUUUAGCUUUCUCAACGGCUGAUGGUAUUAUUGUGAAUACAUGGGAUGAUAUGGAGUCCAAAACUUUGAAAUCUCUUCAAGAUCCAAACCUCUUGGGUCGGAUUGCUCGUGUACCGGUUUAUCCAAUUGGUCCUUUGUUCAGACCGGUUGAUCAAUCUAAAACUAACCAUCCUGUUUUAGAAUGGUUAAACAAACAACCAGAUGAGACGGUACUUUACAUCUCAUUCGGAAGCGGCGGCUCUCUCUCGGCUAAACAGCUAACCGAAUUGGCUUGGGGGCUUGAGAUGAGUCAGCAACGGUUCGUUUGGGUGGUUCGACCGCCAGUGGACGGUUCAGCCUGUAGCGCAUACUUCUCGGUUAAUAGUACUGAAAUACGAGAUGAUACCCCGGGUUAUUUACCGGAAGGUUUCGUUAGCCGAACCCAUGAGAGAGGCCUCGUGGUCUCUUCUUGGGUCCCGCAAGCCGAGAUCCUAGCCCACCAAACAGUUGGUGGGUUUCUAACUCAUUGCGGCUGGAAUUCGAUUCUUGAGAGCGUCGUUAGCGGCGUUCCAAUGAUAGCUUGGCCGCUUUUUGUGGACCAAAAAAUGAACGCAACGUUGCUUAACGAGGAGCUUGGCAUCGCCAUCCGUUCUAAAAUACUACCGUCGGAGGGAGUGAUUACGAGGGAGGAAAUCGAGGCGUUGGUGAGAAAGAUCAUGGUGGAGGAAGAAGGUUGCGUGAUGAGAAAAAAGGUGAAGAAACUGAAAGACACAGCGGUGGAGUCGCUGAGUUGCGACGGUGGAGUGGCGCAUGAAUCGUUAUCGAGAAUCACCGAGGAGUGCAAGCAUCGUUUGGAGCGUGUAAGCUGCAUGGAACGUGCUGCCUAGCUAGGAGGCUAAGGAGCGUUUACCGUUAAAAAGUUUAUUUUAUAUUUUAAGUGCUUGUCGUUUUUACUGUUUUUGGAAUCUUGUAUUCAGUUUCCGAGUCUUGCCACAUGUUUUAACGUGUUCAUUUUGUCAACGCCGUUUGCUAUUACUAGUGUGACAUUGUAAGAUUAAAUAAUGGUAUUUAAGUUGUCUUA